UUAACGUCGUCUACAGUUUUAGUGUCCGUCUAUUAGUGUAGUAGUGUUGUUUCAUGCUAAAUUCAGUGAAUGGGAUUUUUUAUUGAAGUAGCGGUGUAAAUUACCUGGUUAUAAGAUGACCAAGGACAGGCUUCAAGCUUUAAAAGCUGCGCAGAGUGAUGAUGAUGAUGUCGGUCCUGAUGACGUCGCGGUCAACGUGGAAGGCCGCGACGGCUUCAUGGACGAGUUCUUUGCGGAGGUGGAGGAGAUACGGGAAAUGAUAGACAAGAUACAGGCCAAUGUGGAAGAAGUCAAGAAAAAACACAGUGCCAUCCUGUCCGCCCCACAGACUGAUGAAAAGGUCAAGCAGGAAUUGGAGGACUUGAUGGCUGAUAUCAAGAAAACUGCCAACAAAGUCCGCGCCAAAUUAAAGGUUAUCGAGCAAAACAUUGAGCAGGAAGAGCAAACAAACAAAUCGUCAGCGGAUCUCAGGAUACGCAAGACGCAACACUCAACGUUGUCCCGCAAGUUCGUCGAGGUGAUGACCGAAUACAACCGAACACAGACCGACUACCGGGAGAGGUGUAAGGGCCGGAUACAACGGCAACUGGAAAUUACGGGUAGACAAACAACCAAUGAAGAAUUGGAAGAAAUGUUAGAACAAGGAAAUCCAGCUGUGUUCACGCAAGGGAUCAUCAUGGAGACGCAGCAGGCCAAGCAGACGCUAGCGGACAUCGAAGCUCGACACGCAGACAUCAUCAAGUUAGAAAAUUCCAUCCGUGAACUGCACGACAUGUUCAUGGACAUGGCCAUGUUAGUGGAAAGCCAGGGCGAGAUGAUCGACCGCAUCGAGUACCACGUGGAACACGCAGUGGACUACGUACAAACUGCCACUCAGGAUACCAAAAAGGCACUCAAGUACCAAAGUAAAGCGCGUCGGAAGAAGAUCAUGAUCAUGAUUUGCGUCACAAUCCUGGUGGUGAUAGUGGGAGGCUGGCUGGCGAGCUACGUUCCUGGACUCAGCUAAACGUAAAAACCUUUCUAGGUUAUCUCCAUCAUCUUUGUCUAGGGCUCUAAUAAAUUGCGUUUAUCGUAAGGACGCCAGCCCUGCCACAUAGAUUCUCUAGCGACCUUCCAACAUAGCUUAGUUUUAUACCUGGAUUGGUCUCUGUUGAUUGUUCAUUUGGUCUGUAUUUUUGCGGCGGAAAAUACUGUGAUAUCCUCAAUGUCUCGCUAGUUAUAGUUUUUUAAGUAUCAAUCGGUCAAAAGAACGUUACGUCUAGUGUUAGUCUAGAGGUUUUAGUUUAUUAUGUUGCUGGUUUUGUCUUGUUAUUGUGGCUUUUUGUAAAAAAAAAUAAAAAUAUGACUGUUUGAAAAUAAAUUUUCUGUUACUAUUUGCUGUACUUAAUUUAUAGUUUAAGCAGGUUGUGUGGUAUACGUUUAAGGUUCCUAUAUUGCUACGCUCUGUGUGUACUUUCCAAUGGUAUUGAUUUGACUCGGGGGGUUUAUGUCUUGUGGUUAAUGUUUGUGUGUUCAAGUUAAAGAACAUUUUAAUUUGCAAUGUUCAAAUUAUUUUUACAAUCAUUUGCAACUUACACAACUAUAAACAGAAAGUUUAAAUAGAGUCAAUUGCAUUCCAUUGUGUAACGUAAUGUAAAAUUGUCCCAUGUUAAAAGCAGUUCAAACAACACUGGAAUAUGUCAAAUUUGCUUUCUGAAUUCCUUCUCAUAGUUAAAUCACAUCACUAUCACUAUUUUUAAGAUUACACUAAUUUUAAGUAAUAGUACAAAUUUUGUUUAUCACAAUGUACACUUGCAAAUUGUAGAACCGUGACACAAAUAUAGUACCAAAUGAACAAUCACUGCUAAACGACUACAACUUUACUUUGAAAUCUGAACCCUAAGAGUAGUUUGGAUGGGCUCUGGUACCAGUACCAUUUUGUUAUUUUGUUACCAAGUAUCGUGAUACAUUUUUGGAAUAAAUACCAUCAUUUUUUAACCUACACGUUUUUUUGCUUUAUUGGUGAACUCACCUCACAUGGUAUAUGUGUUAGGUUAUUGUGAUCUUUUAGACUCCUUACCCCUGAAUAAUUAUUGUGAACACAUAAAACUUAAAUUAACGAGAAAAUUACAAAUUUGUGUUCCUACACCACAAAACAUCUUUCUGAGUUCAUGGUACUGGUAUCCAGUUUGCCCUUGUGGUUUGGUUUUACACAUAUCACAACAAAAUUUUUGUCAUUCCUCUUUAUAAGUGUGAAAAUUCCAAAAGGGUAAACCCGAUACAGUAACUUUACCCGGACCUGUAUUGACGAGUCAGCACCUGUGAGUUAUCUUUCGGUUCUAAACGAGCUUUGUGUUGAUCUUAGCGUAGCCAGCUGACGACGGUACAGGUCUACUUAUAUUUAUACAGCUUUAACGAUAUUUGCAUUUGGUGUGAAUGACGGCAGCGAGAGGGAAGGUAUUAACACUGGCAGAGCAAUAAUGUGUACAGUCGACAAGUGUGUGCGUGCGUGCGUGUGUGUGUGCAUAAGAGUUACGAUAAAUCUACAUGUCUAUAUUGUACUUAUAGUGUUCACUACGUUGACUAUUUUAUAAUAUUGUAGUUAGUAAUAAAAAAGUUGAGCUGUUUUUUCCUAAAGUUUAUACCUUGUUUGACGUUAUUGUUGAGAGAUAUAAGUCCGUAAGGGCUACUAAGUAGGUGCAAAAUGCUUAUUGCUUAUUUUUCACAAACCCAUAAUCUCGCUUGGGCGGUGUUGUGUUAGUAAUGUGUGAUUUUCUCGUAAAUUUUCUCAAUUUCGCCCCCAGACACAUCAAUUACGACAAUAAUUACGGAGGAACGGACAUUGGGAAAGGCAACCCUGAGAGUGUCUAUAUUUUGUAAAUUAUCGCUGUUUGUAAUUUUUUACGCAAUCAAAUGUGUGAAGUUAUGUUACACGUAAAGUUUUGCUAACGACUUAAAAGCAAUUGAUAUUGUGUAAAAGAGGUAUUGUAAGAGAUAUUCUUUUUACAGCAAUAAACUAAGUGUCGUUAAACUUGCAGAAAUAAGAGCUUUAAAACGAUUCAGUACCGGAUAUUUUUUCCUGAUUUUUUUCCUCCUUUGUUUCUUGCUUGGUUUCCUAAAACAGGAUAAGAAUGUGGUCAUGAUGCUUCUGAUAAAAUAAUCAUCCUCAAAACUCAGUCUAUAUAUUUUUAUGACAUUUGAUAAAAUCGCAAAUAUAAAACCGUGUUAUAGAGAUGUGUUUCAUCUAUUUUAUGAUAAGGCAGUGUAUAGUUGUGAUGAUAGUUUUGAUUCUCUGUAGUUAUAGAUAACACUAAAUAAAUGGUAAAUUUUUCUAAUUAAAAUACUACCAUGUUAAAUUAGGUCUUGAUUUAGUGUGAAAUUUAGUUUUCAUUCUGUUAGAAAACUUGCAAAAUCAUAGAUCAAAGUUCUAAGUAUUUUCAAGCUAGUAAUUUAAAGUUAAAGGUUGAUUUUUGGAAAAUACAGUAGAACGUCAAUAAUCCAAAUUGAUUGGGAUUGGAUUCCAUCUGAAUUAUAAAGUUAUCCGGAUUAUCGAAAUUACCUAUAAAAAGGGCCAGCAUGAACUAUUUGAGCAAAAAACUUUUUUUAAUUGUAUAUUUUUUAUCAUAUGUCUAUUAACGGGUCCAAAGAGAGAUGAGUUUAAAACAUUUUUUUUAUGUUCAAGCACUGUAUCCUAUUUAAUUCAUACGUACAGCCUACAGUAAAAACAUCAGGCACUGCAUAUUUGAACUUUUGAAGAUGUGUGAUAGGCUAUUGAACUGUGUUAGUGGUUUGUUUUUUUGUUGCCAAGUCCUUACGUUUUUAAAGAAGGUACAAAAUUGUAUUUCUUGCUAGAGACAAAUCCAGAUUAUUGACGUCCAAAUUAGCGACAAUCUACUGUAUUUGAUUCUGUCAAUCAUUAGGGUUUAACCUCGUAAGUUUUCAUUAUUUAUUUACUAAUAUUUAUUCAAAACGUAAAACUGACCCAAAAACAUGUAUAAAUGGACUUUCAGGUAGUCUAAUUAGAAAAAUCAAUGAAACUAAAAAAAAAAAUAUCUGUGAAAACUAACAAGGUCCUCAAUAGUCAUAAAAACAAUCCUUUCUAAAUAUUUAACAGUUGUAAACUGAAUAUAUUAGUGUUGGAAUAAGCUUAAAUUUAAAUAUAGCACAAACUAUUUGUAUAUCUUCUAUUUGAAGUGUCACCUUGUAGAUGAACGGAAAAUCUGUCUGUUUUACCUAACGCCAACGCCCCAUGCCAAAUUGAAAAAGUAAGCAAAAAGUAUUGUAGUUUUAAAAUUAGUUUCAGGCCGCCAUAGUCGUUUUAACACAAGACCUAGUCAAUUAAAUACUCACAACUAUAUCGGUAGAGAUGACUAGGAGGUACGACUGUACGUACAGUAUUAACAAACGCUAGUGACGCCUCUGAAAGCUUGUUCGCAUUUGAGCUGGUCGCCUCUAUAGUAGUUUAUUAUAAUGUUGCCUUUGCUUAGGUUAUUGUCUUGUCGAUAAAACUGAGAGAGGUGAACUCCUCUAUGUUCACCGAUUACGACAUUUACGAGUAGUUAUUGGCUUAACAAAUUAGUUUUCUGACUUUUUUUGCCUAAUUUUUUGUAGUUUAAGACAGAAUUUUGAAAUAGGCUGUUUUAGUUUAUCUUCUUUUUUGGUAGUUUGUACUAUGCUAUUUUUUAUUUUUUGAUCCUUGAUGUUUGUGAGAUUACUAGGGGUGUGAGAACUGUUACUAUUCUAUUUUAGGUGAAAUAUUUUCCUAAUUCUACAGGUUUGAGCUUUUUUAAGCUGAUAACUCUCAAAUUUUGAGUCUAGAACACAUUUAAGAUUAGAUUGUUAUACUGGAGGUAUUUUAUGAUUAAAACCUGGUUUAAAACAGUUUUGUUAAUUCUAUUGCUGGACUUGAUUUAAUCUAAUUCAUUACUAUCAACUCGUCAGCACAUUAAUCCUUUAUCCCGAAUCUCAAACCAAGCCAAAUAUUGUGGAAAACUCUAAGUUUGAAGCUGUUCACACUCCUAGAAGUAACUAAAGGAUCAUUUUAAAACACUAUGGAUUCUUAUUAUCAAUCCAAUACUCUUGAGAUUAUUUAAAAUUUAAUACUAGAUUACUUGCUCACUUAAAAACACAUUUUCUCUUACCUAUUCCUAUUAGUUAAUACUUACAAUCGUUCAAUUUAACUUUUAAAGACCUAAAUUAAUUGCUACAUGUUGAAAAUUGUAAAAGAUAAAUUAAAUGCCUCAUUGCGAAGAGCUAAAUUGGUUGUAAAGUAGAACAAAACUGAGGAAAUAGUUUAUCCUUGCUAAGUAUAUAACGGUCUUAUCGUUAUACACCCAUUGUUCAUCCAGCACUAAGAUAAAUCAAUAAAUAGAAACUUCAAAUUCAAAAAUUUUAAAAAGGAAUAUUAUUUUAUUUUUGACAAACUUUUUUAUUUUAUAGCCAGUUAAAUGGUGUAGAGGGCUUUCUAUACUCCUGUUUCAAAUCUAUGCUUGAUCCUACUUGUAGACCAUCUUCAAAUGAACAUAUUUUUUAACUAUUAUUCAUUUUUCAAUGAGUUGUAAAAUGUGUAUUUAUUCAAACAAAUCUCACUAUAUUCUAGCAUAAUUCAAUUGGAACACUAUUACGUUACGAAGUUGUUAUGGUAAACCCAGCAAUGAUUGUUACAACCAACCCAUGAAGUUUAAAAUAUUUAAUUUUUUUUGUUUUAAUGAAUUGUGAGUUAAAAUGUAGCCUAUUGCCUAUUUUUUGUCCUAUAUUUACCAGUAAAAGAUUUCUUCCAAAGAUUAUGUAGUAUUGUUAAUAUUUUACUCUAAUAUCUAAGUUUUAGAUUAUUGAGUUGUGUUUUUCAUUUUUAUAUUAAUAGUAGAACCUCAAAGUAACAUCACUCAAGUCAGAGUUAUUUCAACAACCUUGCAGAUUAAAGUUAUACUCUUUCCAAGAAGUAGGUAUUCCAUUGAUGUAACAGCUUUGGAAUACGUUUUUUUUUUUUUUUAGAAAUUAAAUAGUCACUUAAAUUUCAUUUUCUUUUAUAACUCAGGUAUAGAUUUUACAAUUACUUUUAUUAUUAUCAGAGAACUUUCAGAUUGCUAUUUAAGUCUGAUAAAAGCUGUAAUAAAUUUGAAGAAUGAAUACAAAAUAAUUUACAUCACUUGAAUCAUUUAACACAAAUAAAUUGGUUACAAGCUUAACACGUUCGCUGCUGAUCGCCACAUAUGUGCUACGCUAAAGUCAUCGCCACGGUCCGAGGUAUACGUUUUAAUAUUGCACAUGGACCAGGUGUCACUUGGUUAACAGUACACUCAGACCACGAGUCAGUAAAAAAUAAAUAUCAGUUUUGCCAACUAUCUUUAUGACGUCACUAAUCAUCAUAUCCACAGACCAAGUGACGCACACAUGCAACACAUCCCUUUAGACCACUGCAGAGAAUUCAGGGCCUUCAAAUAGACCGUUACGAAGAUAUAAGCUUUUUAAUAACAUUGGACACUGAAGAAAAUAUGCGACGUCAGUCUAUUUUAAUGUGACCAGCAGUCGCAUAUAUGCGACGGCAGUCUAUGGGUAGAAACCGGCCGUUGCAUAUGUGCGUGGCUGGUCCAUAUGAAUGAAAAAUUUAGUACUAUUGCGGUAGCGAAUGUGUUAAACUUAUCAAUAGUCAUUUCAGUUAUUUUGUUAAUAAUGAAGCUUCCUAAUUUUGGCAGAGGGUUGAUUGUGAUAUAGAUUCUGUACUUGAGGUUCUACACAUCCCAACAUGUUAUGUUUAUUUGAAAACUUUAUUUACAGAAAAUCCUCAUUAAUCUUUCCCUUAUUAUACAAACCUUGCUUAAUUCAGACAGCCAUUUGACAGUAGUUUGUAAAAGUUUGGUGCAGUAAAGUUAAAGAUGUGCCACUGUAAUUUACAGUGUUGUCUCAAAUAUUUUACUGUUUUUUAAUCUACAUAUUACUUUCUUUAAGUCUGUUUUCUGUAAAAGGUGUAUUAUUUUGUGCAAGGAAUAGGACUUCCCAAACGGCCCCAGAAUGCCUCUAACUUUCUUUAUAUUAAGAUUUCAUUCAAUCAAAACUUUCAUUAAUCCAUACGAAUUGAGAUCAAUGAGGUUUUACUGGCUAUUGUGUUUAAAAUCAGUUGGUGUUUGGAUAAUAUGAUUUAUAAACAACAUUAUGUAUGAUAGUCCUUAAAAAUAAUAAGCUAACUAAAUUCUAAGUCUGUGAAUUAUUUAUUUUACUAUUAGUCAAGCAAGCUUGAACUUUACUACUUGAAAUUUCAAACAUUGCGAGUGUUCAUUCCAAUGUCUGUAUAAAUAUUCCCCUUCAAGAUCAUGAUAUAACUGCCAUUCCUACUGCUCGAGAGAUGGUUUAAGCUACAAAUAGUCUAUUCACUCGCUAAGUAGCAUGCGGCUUGUGGCACGUAGUCUAGCGACCCUGGCCGAUGCAGACUGCUUAGCGUACAUUCCGAGAGUUACUUCCAAGAAGUAUUUCUAUUUUAGUGUCGUAUCGUUAGUUGAAAUUCACUGUAAAUUGUAUAUUUUGUACAUUAAGUGAGUUAUUUUUCUCUUUGUUUCUCUAUAUAACAUAGCCUAGUCGAAAUCAGUUCCGUUUAUAGUUUAGAGAUUUUUAUAAUUGUUGGAGAGAAUGAGUGUUAUCAGGCCUAUAGUUUUAUACUGUAUGUAGCUAGGGCGUUUGUAAAAUACCUUUCUGAAAUUUAAUGUAUAAAACCGGUAUUUUCGCCCCGUCUCGUGUUAGGUCUCAUCGUCUAGUCAGAGGGUAGUUUAAUAUGAGUGUCGUGUAUAGCAUGUUAUUUCAAUUUAUUCGGAAUGUUACGAGCCUUACUAUUUACUAUUAUUGAAUGUAAUCGGAUUAUAAUUACGGAGAACUAUCGAUAUUCUUGUAAUAUAAGGUAUAAAACUCUUAUUUGUUUGUUAGCGAGGGUUACUUACAAUUGUGAUCAAAAUGUAAACAAAAGAAUUGUCCUUUUAUUGUUGUUGAGAAUGAAAACCGCAGCACAAGUCAAUUGUAAAUUACUUUAACAUAAUAGAUAUGUCCCUGUAAUA